AAUCAUCGCCACAUAAACCUUGGUUCAGCUGACUGAUAACGUCAUUAGUAUCAAGUGGAUGAACAUGGCGGAUAUUAUAAGCAACGGUGAAGCAAAACUGGAAAACGAGACGAGACAACGGUUCAUAAAUGAAUAUUUGCAAGACAAAACAGACAAAUAUGAUUCUAGAGAUGUGGAGAGGCUGCAGAAGGAUGAUGCUCUGGCAGGUUGUUACCUGCAGUGGAGAUUGCAAAAUGUGGAUGAUGCAUUAAAGAUGAUUGAUGAAAGUUUUCAAUGGAGAAAAGAAUUCAGAGUAAACGAUCUAACUGAGUGUAGCAUUCCUAGGUGGAUGUUCGAGACUGGUGCAGUUUAUCUUCAUGGGUAUGAUAAAGAAGGAAACAAAUUAUUUUGGUUUAAGGUGAAGCUGCAUGUAAAAGACGCAAAGACUGUUGUGGACAAAAAGAGAUACGUGGCCUUUUGGUUGGAGCGCUAUGCUAAAAGGGAACCUGGAAUGCCGUUGACAGUGGUGUUUGACAUGACUGAUUCUGGACUGAGCAACAUUGAUAUGGACUUUGUGAAAUACAUCAUCAACUGUUUCAAGGUGUAUUAUCCUAAAUUUCUUUCAAAAAUGAUCCUGUACGAAAUGCCAUGGAUCAUGAGUGCUGCCUGGAGGAUCGUAAAGACUUGGCUUGGCCCAGAGGCAAUUAGCAAGUUGAAGUUUGUAGGCAAGAAUGAAGUGCAAGAGUAUAUUGAUGCUGAGCAUCUCCCUACACAUAUGGGAGGCACUGAUACCUUUAAGUAUAGCUACCCUCCUCUGCCAGACGAUGACUUUCAAACUCCGAUGUGUGAAAAUGGGCCUAUUGUUAGCGAAGACGAAACGGAAAGUAAAGAAGAUGCAGAGUCAGAAAGCAAGGACACCCUAGACUCCAGUCAGAAUGAAGAACAGAUCAAAAAGUCUAAAAAGGUUAGCUUUCUAGAAGAAAGCCUAAAGUUAGAUGAAUGUGACAAAGUGGAUAGCACAAGCAGAACAAAAACAGCCAAGAAACCUGUAACAGUAUUCAAAGGACCACUGCUUCAUAUAAGCCCUGCAGAAGAACUUAAUUUCGGAUCAAAGGACUGUGAAAGGAAAAGCCUGAUAGUCCUUAACAAUGUGACCAAAAAUCUAGUUGCCUUUAAGGUGAGGACAACAGCCCCAGAGAAAUACAGAGUGAAACCCAGUAAUAGCAGCUUUGAGCCGGGUACUUCCUUAGACAUUGUUGUGUCCCUUCAUGGAGGAUUUGAAGCUUCUCCUCAGGACCGGUUCCUGGUAAUGGCAGCUGAAAUGGACCAAAGUACAGGAGCUGGCACUCCUGAUCUGUCCCAGUUUUGGAAGGAAGUACCAAAAACCAAAGUCAUGGAACAUAGGCUAAGAUGUCAUGUUACUCAAAACAGUAAACCUAUGAGUUUGUUACUGGAUGAAAACCCUCUACACAGCAACAUCAAAAACAACCAGGAAGAUCUACAUUCAAAGAUUAUCAGGCUGCUGGCAAGCAAUAAACGAUGUGAAGAACAGAUUGAUGAGUGCCUGUGGUUCCAGAAGAUGUUGAUGGGUUUGGUGUCCUUGCUAAUGGCUAUUACGUGUUCAGCUUUGUAUCUUCUUUACACAGACAGGAGUCGAUUGUAAGAAGGCUGUCUUUCUAAAUCACAGGUUGCUUGCUGCAUGUAUUCAGAUGCUCCUAAAUAAUAGGUAAUGUUUGCAGCAAACAAGCCAAAACGAAGAACCUUCAUACUGUGUGUAGACCAAAAUAAUGAAGCCUAUGGUAUGCGAUUAUCAAAUGGGUGAUUGCAGGUGCAUCUAAAGAACCCUGCCAUUGUUGCUGUGAAUAAGGAAGGAUUUACUGUGUGCAGAUGCACAAGAAGGAACACUGGAAAUAAUGUUUAUCUUAAUAAUCAAGACUCAGGAUUAAAAUAGUUUUAAACUUUUUUUUUUUGAUAAUAUACGUUUGUUUUUUUUGUUGUUUUUUUUUAAGAACACUGUUGCCAUUUAUUAACUAAUCAUUUCACAAGUAUUUAUUAUAUGUGAAUUAUUUUUCAGAUUUUUGGUAUAUAUGUUCAAGAUGAGGUUACUGGCAUAGCCAAAUCAAUUUUUUGCCAUUUGCCUGCUAUUUAUUUUAAAUGUAUCGAAAGAAAUUCCGGAUACCAGGUUGGGUGCCAUUUUGGUAUAUCGAUGUCAGUACCCUCCAUAUACUAAAGCCUAUUUGUAUUCUUCCUUGCAUUAAUGCACCAUCUUUGUUAGGGGCAAACCGCACAUGGACUAUGGAAAUAAACAAACAGGAAUAGAUAACCUUAAAAAAGCCUAGACUGUGAUUACUUACCAAACGUUGUUGUUAUUUUUAAUGGACCAUUGUUUCAUUAUCAUUGUUCCUUUUUGUCAUCCUAAAUUAUUAGGUCUCUUUGUUUUUGUGUUUUUCAUUAUAGUUGUCCUAUACUAUACAAUAUGUCAAUCAGAUCAUUACAGAAAUGUACUGUAGUCUGGCUAGUUUUCACAUGGUAUGGUUUGUAUUGGUUAGAGUUAUUGUUACCCUUAUUCUUAACCUCCAAGUCUUUACUUAUCCAAUACCAAUACUGUUUUUUUUUAAACGUGUCAUUUUUUUUUUUUUUCAUGCCAGCACUAUUGUUUCAGCUGUUGUCUUUUAGAGAAAUUGAUCAACUAAGCAUGAAUUUAAACGUUUACCUGAUUUUUUUUUUUAUGAGGAUGUCUGAAAAUGUAUUAGGCAGUUCUGAAAAACAGACUGCAGCAGAUUUCCAAUUUGAGGCAGCAUGCAUUGAAGAAGGUGCUCCGGAACAUUGUAAACGCCUUGCAGGUUCCUCGUGUUGAAUUCUGGGUGUUUUCUAGAAUUUUUUCAUCCAGGACCUGUAGUUUUCAGUAUACUGUAAUAACCUUUUCAUUCUUCAUAUACAUGUGCAUUUCAAUUAAUUAAAAAAAGCAAAAAAGAAAUACUCAACAGUACCAUGUGUGACAGUGUGGCUGUCCAUCAUUUAGCACCUGACUGCUGACAUCCACACAUUUUAAACGGUACAAUUUCAGACUGCCAUUAGCAUACUGGAAUUUAGUGAAGGUAAUUAGAAAAAUGUCCAUAAAAUGUAUAAUCAUAUUUUAUAUUUACAUUGAUGUAUAUCCGAUUUAUGUUACAAAUUACAAUAUUGAUCAAAAAAGAAAGUUUUCAUAACUAGCAGUACUAUAUAUUUAUAAGAGUGAAAAUAUUAAUACUUAACACAACGUUUUGUAUUUCUUAUUUAUAAAAUAUUUAUUAUUGAUAAUAAUGACCUAGAAGUUAUUGCAUGAAAUAGUAGAAAUGUUUUAACAUUAAAUUGUAAUGUAAUCGGUCUUGGGUCUCAUCUGAAACAGUAUGGACCGGAUAUAUUAAAUAAUAUAUUUUGAAAUUCAUGUUGAUUUUAAAGGAGGCAUAGCAUUGUUGAGCAUCAAGUCACCGUUGAUCUCAUGACAAGACUUGUAGUAAGAACAAGUGCUUUAUAUAGGACUUGAUUCUCACCAUUACGUUCUGAUUGAUUGAGCUUCAGUGUGUUCCUAAAGCGACACACAGCUGUACUACCCAUCAAAUACAGUACAUGACCUGUCCAACUCUUUAAACAUAUUGAAUAAAAGAAGCAGGCUUAUCUGCAACUUGAAAA